UGCUUUUACUGCAAGCCAACCAAAUUAUGCGAGGCUGGUGAUUUGGUGAAGAGCACUCUCCAAAAGUCUUGCGAGGGUCAGGAAUGGAUGACAGAACAGUGUCUGGGUAGGAACUGUUGCUCAAUUUAAAGCAAUAGGUUUCUUUUAUAUCUUUGCACAUGUCUUUUCUUGUUUUCCCCCCAAGCACUCAGACUUAUCAAGGGGGAUUUCAAUCAUUAUCAUUACCGAUGACGGCAUAGUUACCUUUAGUUUGGCUUAAUUAUCGUAAGAGGAGACCUUCCAGUGAUGACAUCCUCACUUUAUUUGUUAAGACAUUAUUGCGUUUUCCCAGAAAACUCUUCGGUAAUCCAGACAAUUUGAUGUAAAAAAAAAACAUGAGAAAUAUUCUUAUUCGAUUAGUUGCCCCAACCAAAGCUUCAAAAGGAACGAUUUUAAGUUUUUUUCAACAAUUGUUUUCUGGAUAUUAAAGAUUGUAUUGAAAUGUAUUUCUUUUAGUCACUGGAAAAAUUCUUCUCAUUGCCCUGCCUGUGGCGGGUUUCGUGUUGCUUGUGACAAUAGGAUGUUGCAUUUACUGCUGCUGUUGUCGAAAAACGAGAGCAAGGGGAGGGUAGGUAUUGUGUGAUUAUCGAUAUCUAAGAGACUCUCCUGUAAACGUCGUAAUCUAUAUGCUAGCGUCUACAAGUACUUUGUAAAAUAUAAAAAACUAACUGCAAUGGCCAAAUUGUGGUGAGCAGUAGUAAUGAUAAUGUAAAAUAAUAAUAUCAACGAUAAUUAUAAUUUAGCAGUAGACAUUUCACGAGGUGAAAGAGAUUCCCUCUUUCUCCCGUGUACCCCCAUCCACACUAGACUCUUUCAUUACUGUAAACGGCGUAACUGAAUUUUUAUAUGAUCCAGGGGCGGCAAAGCGUUUUGAAACGUGGGAGGGGAGGGAGGAGAGGGGGUUCAUCGCACAAUGAACUUAGUGUAUAAUCACAGUCAAACUUAGAAAAUGCCCUUGGCGUAGUUUGUCGGCACAAGCAAACCUCUUCACGUUGCGCCGGUAGAUCGAUAAGUCCUUGAACAUGUUUCGCUAGGCGCGAUCCGCCAUGUAAAACGAUUUAUGAGGGGAUCACUUUGGGUUGUAUCUUUCCGAGACAAUUUUCUGGCAAUAAGCUCUGCAUUGUCGUAAAGAGAGGAAUCUGGCUCCUCGUAAAAAUUUUCGUGUUUGUUAUGUUUUCUAGGAAAGCCUUUUCCUGCUCACCCUCUCUGCUAAUAAUGUUUCUGCACUCGUAUCUUUCGUUUUCUGUGUGAGCAUGCGAGUAAAGAUCACACCUAUCCUUCAUUGUUCAAUCAAAACUCCUCAGGUGAGAAGUUGUCUUAAGAUUGAUUUUCUUUAUCUAGGACUGACAAAGAUGAGGUCAAGUCUCAUCAGAAGAGAAAAAAAAUAGCCGAUAAACACAAGGAAAGGUACUAUAUAUAUGAUACACAACCUUCAAGUUGAUGACGAUUUCAGUUAUCUUUUUUGUUGUAAGAUAAUUUAAAUUAAUUCUGCCUUCUUUUAGGGAAAAAGAAAGGCAAGAGAAACGUGACGAAAUCAGGAAAAAAUACGGUAAGUGA